AUGGAUCCUUGGAUGUCGGGAAUGUGGACACUGGACUCUGUAUAUUGUGGACAUUGGAAUCUGGGGAGUGUGGACAUGUGGAUCUGGGAGUGUGGACACAGGUUCUGCCCUCAGCCCCCUCCACCGGGGCCCCGGCCUCCUCCACCGGGACCUCAGCCCCCUCCACCGGGACCCCGGCCUCCUCCACCGGGACCUCCGGCCCCCUCCACCGGGGCCCCGGCCUCCUCCACCGGGACCCCCGGCCUCCUCCACCGGGACCUCAGCCCCCUCCACCGGGGCCCCGGCCUCCUCCACCGGGACCUCAGCCCCUCCACCGGGACCCCGGCCUCCUCCACCGGGACCCCGGCCUCCUCCACCGGGGCCCCGGCCUCCUCCACCGGGACCCCCGGCCUCCUCCACCGGGACCCUGGCCCCCUCCACCGGGGCCCCGGCCUCCUCCACCGGGACCUCAGCCCCUCCACCGGGACCCCGGCCUCCUCCACAGGGACCCCCGCCUCCUCCACCGGGACCUCAGCCCUCAGCCCCCUCCACCGGGACCUCAGCCCCCUCCGCCGGGACCCCUGCCCUCAGCCCCCUCCACCGGGCCCUCAGCCCCCUCCGCCGGGACCCCCGCCCUCAGCCCCCUCCACCGGGCCCUCAGCCCCCUCCACCGGGACCCCCGCCCUCAGCCCCCUCCACCGGGCCCUCAGCUUCCUCCACCGGGCCCUCAGCUUCCUCCACCGGGCCCUCAGCCCCCUCCACCGGGCCCUCAGCCCCCUCCACCGGGACCCCCGCCCUCAGCCCCCUCCACCGGGACCUCAGCCCUCAGCCUCCUCCACCGGGACCUCAGCCCCCUCCACCGGGACCCCCGCCGCCUCCACCGGGACCCCUGCCCUCAGCCUCCUCCACCGGGCCCUCAGCCCCCUCCACCGGGACCCCUGCCCUCAGCCUCCUCCACCGGGACCCCCGCCCUCAGCCCCCUCCACCGGGACCCCCGCCGCCUCCACCGGGACCCCUGCCCUCAGCCUCCUCCACCGGGCCCUCAGCCCCCUCCACCGGGACCUCAGCCCCCUCCACCGGGCCCUCACCCCCGUCCACCGGGACCUCAGCCCCCUCCACCGGGACCCCCGCCGCCUCCACCGGAAUCCCACUCCCUCAGCCCGACACCCCAGUCCCCUGGCCAGAGGACCCCGAGUCCCCCAGCACCGCCCUCCUCCCCCGGCCAGCCCAGUCUCCCUAGUUCCCGAGGGGAGAGCCCCUUCUGCUGACCUACUGCCUGGCUGCGGAGCUGGUUUGGGCUCUAGCUGCCCUGCUGUGGAGAGGUCGUUGCCAAAGGAGCACAAGAAACGCGGUGGCACUGACUGCACCAUGAGCAUCCCAGCCAGUUCCCCAGAGAACAACUCAGAGGGAGAAGCAGGAAGACCUGGAUGCCAGCCCAAGGUCAAAGAUGCUUUCAAAGACAUUUCCAUGUAUUUUUCCAAGGAAGAAUGGGCAGAGAUGGGAGAAUGGGAGAAGAUCCACUAUAGGAAUAUGAAAAGAAACUACAAUAUGUUGAUUUCUAUAGGUCUCAAAGCCCCUCGACCAGUUUUCAUGUGUCACCGAAGGCAAGCCAUCAAACCCCAGGUGGAUGACACUGAUGAUUCUGAUGAAGAGUGGACACCUGGACGGCAAGUCAAACCUCCUUGGGUGACCUUCAGAACGGAACAGAGUAGGCAUCAGAAGGGAAUGCCCAAGACACCAUUAGGUAAUGAACCUAGUUGGAAGAAGUUCUCAGGAAUUACAAAUUUUCCGAAGACAAGUAGAUUAGAACAGGCCCAGAGACCAGUGUCCCCUCCUGGAGAAGCAGGUACACAAGGAGAGCACUGCAAACAAAAACUGGGACCCAGGACAAAGGAGGUAAAAAUGAGGAUGUACAGCCUACGGGAAAGAAAGAGUUAUGCUUAUGAAGAGAUCAGCGAGCCCCAGGAUGAUGAUUACCUCUAUUGUGAGCAGUGUCAGAACUUCUUCAUCAACAGCUGCACUGUUCAUGGGCCACCUAUAUUUGUAAGAGACAAUGUGGUGGACAAGGGGCAUUAUGACCGUUCAGUGCUCAGUCUGCCCCCUGGUCUGAGAAUUCGACAAUCCAGUAUUCCUGAGGCUGGGCUUGGAGUAUGGAAUGAGGAAUCUGAUCUGCCACUGGGUUUGCACUUUGGCCCCUAUGAGGGCCAGAUCACAGAAGAUGAAGAUGCAGCCAAUAGUGGAUACUCCUGGAUGAUCACAAAGGGGAGAAAUUGCUAUGUGUAUGUAGAUGGAAAGGAUAAAUCCCAGGCCAACUGGAUGAGGUAUGUGAACUGUGCCCGGUAUGAUGAGGAGCAGAACCUCGUGGCCUUUCAGUACCACAGGCAGAUCUUCUACCGAACCUGCCGUGUCAUCAAGGCAGGCUGUGAGCUGCUGGUCUGGUAUGGGGAUGAGUAUGGACAGGAACUGGGCAUCAAGUGGGGCAGCAAGUGGAAGAGAGAGCUCACAGCAGAAACAGAACACAAACUGGAGAUCCAUCCUUGCAACUUGUGCUCUUUGGCCUUCUCCAGCCAGAAAUUCCUCAGUCAACACAUGGAGCGCAGUCACCACUCACAGACCUUCCCAGGAACAUCCUUUAUAAAAAACUUCCAACCAUGGGAUCCCUGUUCAGGGGACCAGCCUCAGGAGCAACAGCAUUCAUACAACCAGAAUGAAAAAAUUGCGGAUCAGGAGGCCAAAGGAAGCUCCAAACCCACACCUAAAAAGACAAGACAUGGAGUUACUUCGAGGGCCUCUCCCAACCCACUCAAAGGACAGAUGGAGAGAUCUGAAGAAACUGAGAUAAUGAUGGAGGAAGGACUCAGAACAGUCCAGAAAGUGAAUACAGAUGCUCCAAGCAAAUUAUCUGUGAAAACCAGAACCUCAAGAAUUGUACAAGUAAAGAAUGAAAAAUAUGGGCAAGAUUUCAGUGACCAGUCAAGCCUCACCCAGCACCAGAGGACACACAUAGGGGAGAAGCCCCAUGUCUGCAGGGAGUGUGGGUGGGGCUUUACACAGAAGUCAAACCUCACCCGGCACCAGAGGACACACACAGGGGAGAAGCCCCAUGUCUGCAGGGAGUGUGGGCGGGGCUUUACACGGAAGUCACACCUCACCCAGCACCAGAGGACACACACAGGGGAGAAGCCCCAUGUCUGCAGGGAGUGUGGGCGGGGCUUUACACAGAAGGCAAGCCUCACCCAGCACCAGAGGACACACACAGGGGAGAAGCCCUAUGUCUGCAGGGAGUGUGGGCUGGGCUUUACAUGGAAGUCAUGCCUCACCCGGCACCAGAGGACACACACAGGGGAGAAGCCCCAUGUCUGCAGGGAGUGUGGGCGGGGCUUUACACAGAAGUCAAGCCUCACCCAGCACCAGAGGACACACACAGGGGAGAAGCCCUAUGUCUGCAGGGAGUGUGGGCGGGGCUUUACACGGAAGUUAAAUCUCACCCAGCACCAGAGGACACACACAGGGGAGAAGCCCCAUGUCUGCAGGGAGUGUGGGCUGGGCUUUACAUGGAAGUCAUGCCUCACCCAGCACCAGAGGACACACACAGGGGAGAAGCCCUAUGUCUGCAGGGAGUGUGGGCGGGGCUUUACAUGGAAGUCAUGCCUCACCCAGCACCAGAGGACACACACAGGGGAGAAGCCCUAUGUCUGCAGGGAGUGUGGGUGGGGCUUUACACGGAAGUCACUCCUUACCCGGCACCAGAGGACACACACAGAACAACCAUAG